AUGUCUCAUCAAAGAAUUUUAUCUCGUGGUUCAGAAAACCGCAAGUAUCGUAGUUUACUUUCCAAAGAAAAAUAUAACGAAAAUCUGAAGAAAGAGGGUGAUAUAAACAAGGAAGAUUCUUCUAAACCCACAAAGAGAGAAACAUUACGUGAAGUAACAUAUGAACAUACAAGAUUUAGCUCCACCAACAACAUAAAUGAGCGUAAUGUAAAUUAUAAAUCCUUUCGAGAAACAACUUUUGGAAAGGGUUUAUUAUCAUCUACUAAAAAUGAAACCAUUGAGAAAAUCAAACCUUCUCUCGUCACAAAUAACUUUUUCACAGAAUUAUCUAAAGAAAAAUCAAGUAUACAACCAAAGAUCAACAAACAAAUCAACACAGUUGAUAAAGUUAAGGAUGUUAACAAUAGGAAUGAUAAUAUUCUUAAAAAUAUUUAUUCCAAAGUUGACAAGAUUGUUGAGGUUGAAAAUUAUUUUGAAAAUCUUUAUGGAAAAGAUGGAAUUAAAGGCAUGAUUGUUGAAUUUUAUGAUCUUGAAUCGAUUAAAGAAAAAAGUUUUCACCUUCCUGAAUGGCUUUUAAAAGAUAAUUCCGAAGAACUCUUUAAAGCAGAAUUACCGCCUCAAGACAUUACGGUAUAUGAUCUUUGGUUUUUUAGGAGAAAGAAUGAAGGUGCACCCAGUUUUGUUCACAAAGGAAUCAAGCCAAUUUCCAAUGCUGAUAUUUUAUCACAUUUGGAAAAGAUUUAUACCUGUUCUCAUGAAGAAAAACGAUUAGAUACAAAUAAAAUUGGAUCAAAGAUGAUUCACAUUAUCUUGAAUGAUUUGAGAAAGGUUAAUAAUUAUAUGUUGUAUAUUGGAAGUGAAACGCGAUAUCCCAAUAAUGUAAUGGAGAAAACUCCAAAGCUUAUCGAGAAACUUGAGAAGGUUUUGAAAAGGAUUCGCUCAUAUAACACCUAUGAAUUUGUAAAUAUAGCUAAUGAUGAAAAGGCGAUUAAAUAUACUAAAGAAUUAUUGGAUAUAGCUUUGAUGAACUUUAACGUGAGAACUAGAGAGAACAGCAAGAAUCGUACAAUGUUUAGGAAAGUUUGGAAAGAGACGAAUAACGAACUGGAAGCAAUCAUCGAAAAGUAUUUUCUUGGAAACAAAAAGGUUGGUUAA